AUAUAAAUUCUGGCCGUUGCAAUUAGAACAUUUAACACCACUUAUCUGCGUGGCAACACGAGAAUCUUUUUUCAGCGAUACGCACACCUGCUUUGCCUGCACCGUUUCGAUUGGGACACUUGUUCACGUCGUGAAUCGAAUCGUCUCAGAGAGGUUGAGUUUUUUCAGCAGAAGGAGGUGGCAUACGUCGAAAUUAGAUAAAGUUACAGGUCUCCCAGUGCCUGAGAGUGUGAUGGGGCAGCGCAUAUCUGGUCCUGAGUGGCCGGCUGGCUCACAGCACGGACGUUUCUCUGUCAGCGAGGAAGCUCCACCUCGGUACUCCUGUAGCCAUGGUGAUGGCCGCACGCUGAACAUGAAUCUCAGCAACAACACUGAUGGCCUUGUACUACCUACCAUGGUCACCAUGGAAACGGAGGCAUCGGACGGUGUGUCAGAGCGGCAGGACUCCCGCCGGCCCACCCUCUACAGCACCAUCGACGCUGUGCCCACACUGGACUUCUACACCAACACCAUGGCAACGGGCCGCAACAGACGCAGUCGGCCAUCUCUGGAAACUCUCCGCAAAGUGAUGGAUGAUGGAGAGACCGGGAGUUCAAUGGAGGACCUUGGAGUAGACGGUUACGCCGGAAACCAGGAGCAGCAGCAUUCACAACAUGAGGACCGAUCUCAACAAAACAGCCAGCCUGUUCGCUUUGGCUGGGUAACUGGGGUUAUGAUCCGCUGUAUGCUGAAUAUCUGGGGGGUGAUUUUGUUCCUGCGUUUGCCCUGGAUCACCUCUCAAGCAGGCAUCAUUCUCACUUGGGUCAUCAUCUCCAUGUCUGUCAUCGUCACCUCGAUAACUGCACUGUCUGUGUCUGCCAUCGCAAGCAAUGGGAAAGUCUCCUCAGGGGGCGCCUAUUUCAUGAUCUCUCGCACUCUGGGCCCAGAGAUGGGGGGCCCGAUAGGCAUGGUCUUCUCCUUCGCCAACGCGCUGGCCUGCGCCAUGAACACUGUGGGGUUUUCUGAAACUGUCCGUGACCUUCUCAUCGAGUAUGGUGCAGUUAUAGUAGACCCAAUCAAUGAUGUGCGAAUUGUGGGCGUAGCCACAGUCACACUGCUUCUUCUCAUUUCAUUGGCUGGAAUGGAGUGGGAGGCCAAGACUCAGAUCCUGUUCUUCCUAGUGCUCCUCCUGUCCUUCACAAAUUACUUUGUGGGAACUGUGAUUCCCGCCUCGACUGAGAAGCAGGCCAUGGGCUUCUUCAGCUACCGCCGUGAAAUCUUCCUGACCAACCUGCUGCCAGACUGGAGGGGUCCGGAGGGGAACUUCUUCCAGAUGUUUGCCAUUUUCUUCCCCUCUGCCAUCGGUAUCCUGUCUGGUGCAAACAUCUGUGGAGAUCUGAAGGAUCCAGAAACAGCAAUUCCUAAGGGUACUUUGAUGGCCAUAUUCUGGACUACAGUCAGCUACCUGGGAAUUUCAGCUACCAUAGGGGGCAGUGUGCUCCGGGAUGCCUCAGGCAGCCUGAAUGACAGCUUGGAGCUGAACUCCUCUGCAGUGUGUGAAGGUGUGGCCUGCAGUUUGGGCUGGAACUUCUCUCAUUGCGAGGUCACACACACCUGCUCCUUUGGGCUGGCCAACAACUUCCAGGUGCUCAGUAUGGUCUCUGGAUUUGGGCCUCUCAUCACUGCAGGGAUCUUUGCUGCCAGCCUAUCAUCAGCCCUCGCCUUCCUAGUCUCCGCCCCCAAAGUCUUUCAGUGUCUAUGCAAGGAUAAUAUCUACCCCUACAUUGGCUUCUUUGCAAAGGGUUAUGGAAAAAAUGAUGAGCCGCUCCGUGCCUACUUUCUCACCUAUCUGAUUGCUGUGGCCUUUAUUCUGAUUGCCCAGCUCAAUGCCAUCGCCCCUCUCAUCUCCAACUUCUUCCUCUGCUCCUACGCCCUCAUCAACUUCAGCUGCUUUCACGCCUCCAUCACCAACUCCCCUGGAUGGAGGCCUUCGUUCAGGUACUACAGUCACUGGACUGCGCUGUUUGGGGCGAUCAUCUCUGUGGUGCUGAUGUUCUUGCUCACAUGGUGGGCUGCCCUCAUAAGCUUCAGCAUCAUCCUCUUCCUCUUGGGAUAUGUGUCAUACAAGAAACCAGAGGUGAACUGGGGGUCAUCUGUGCAGGCUGGCACCUACAACAUGGCUCUGUCUUACUCCGUCUCCCUCGCAGGGGUGGAAGACCACGUCAAGAACUUCAGGCCUCAGUGUUUGGUCCUGACUGGACCCCCAAAUCUUCGCCCAGCACUGGUGGAUUUUGUUGGGUCUUUCACAAAAAAUAUCAGCCUCAUGAUUUGUGGGGACAUCCUGAUGGAGGAUGGUACGGCUGUGCUGCCACAGCGUAAUGUUGCGAGGCUGGUCAAGUGGCUGAACCACAGGAAAGUGCGCGCUUUCUACACGCCCAUCACCAGCGACAACCUCCGGGAGGGAGCCAGCCAUCUUCUGCAGGCCACUGGUCUGGGAAAACUGAAGCCAAAUACCCUCAUCAUGGGAUUCAAGACCAACUGGCAAGAGUGCUCCCCCCACAGCAUGGAGGACUACAUUACCACCAUAUCUGAUACAUUUGACUCCAAUUAUGGUGUGUGUUUGCUAAGGAUGAUGGAUGGACUUGACAUCUCAGAAGAGAUUGAAGGAGAAGUGAACCAUGCCUUUGAAACUGAAAGCACAACGGCCCCCGAGCAAGCAGCACCAGGGAGAAACUCAGACGCAUUGAGACCAACCACGCUGCUGAUGGUCUUGCUGCUGCAGAAGUUUCGACUGGAUGUCCACGAUGUCAUUGUGAUGACAGACAGUGAACGGCCCCCCAACUCAAAAAACCUGAAGCGGUUUGAGGACAUUAUUGCCCCCUUCAGGCUGAGGGAGGGACUGCACGGCGAGGCUGUACUACAGGACCUAAAGAGAGACUGUCCCUGGAAAGUGUCUGACAAGGACCUGGAGGCACUGAGGCUAAAGUCGGAGAGGAAAGUGAGGCUGAAUGAGAUUAUUCGCAAGAACUCCCAGCAUGCUGCACUGGUAUUAGUGAGCCUGCCAGUACCCCAGACAGACUGUCCCAGUUCGCUCUACAUGGCCUGGCUGGACACCCUGACCUAUGGGCUGCACUGCCCCUCCCUGCUUAUCCGUGGCAACCAGCAGAAUGUGCUCACCUUCUACUGCCAGUGAGGGGGCGGAGCCCAGACUGUUCUGCUAUCUCACUGCCAGUGAGGGGGCGGAGCCCAGACUGUUCUGCUAUCUCACUGACAGUGAGGGGGUGGGGCUUGUAGGAUGACACUGCCAUUGAAGAAUUCCCUGUAUGGAAGCAACAAGAAUUAAAUAAUUUUAAGAGAAUUGAACAGUUUAUGUGACAUUUUCUAAGCAAAGCUGCUUCUUUGUGUGAAAGUGUUUUUCAGACUGAAAACUUGAUUGAACUAUUUGACAGACAAAAGCCAUAGCUGAAAUUAAUGUGCAAUAUGAAGCUAAGAAAUCUGGUCUUUUCAGGUUGUUAUAAUAUUUGAAAUUUCUGUACAUGAGUGAUUUGCUGUAAUCUUGAUUUUAAAGGCAGACAGCUGAAGAAAGGUUGUUGGAUAUUCUGAAUGAAUGCCUAAUAAACCUGAUUAUAUAUGUGAA